AUGCGCCAAAGCAGCUCGCACCGGGCUUGGUGCACCACAGCGUUCAGCUCCAAUGCGACGCCCGCCCUCGUAAGAUCCGCAUGUUUACAUGCCCUAAUCACUUAAUUUAUUAGAUCCCAGCUACUCAAAACCAGGUGUUUCAGUAAGCACAUUAGCAGCAGCGGUCUCAGCAGCGUCCUGCCGCGGCCGGCCCGCUGGGAGCCGCGCUCGGCGGCGCGGCAGCGAGCCCACAGGCGGGCUGACGACAGCGGAAGCCGGGCGGCGGGGCGCAGCGGGGCAGAGGCGGUGCCGCUCCGCCCGCGGCGCCCGGUGCCCUGCCCAGCCCAGCACCUCCCGGCGCUGCGGGUUCCUGCAUGCGGGAGCGGCGGGGGAGCCGCGUUGCCCCGCUCCGCCAGCAUGUCCGCCCGCUGCUGCGCCGGCCAGUUGGCCUGCUGCUGUGGUACUGCUGCUUGUUCCUUGUGCUGCAAAUGCUGCCCCAAGAUAAAACAGUCAACCAGCACCCGCUUCAUGUACGCGCUUUACUUCAUCCUGGUGACCAUCAUCUGCUGUGUCAUGAUGUCCACAACAGUAGCUAAUGAAAUGAAAACUCACAUUCCAUUCUACAAGCAGAUGUGCCAGGGUAUUCAGGCGGGUGAGAUGUGUGAGAAGUUGGUGGGAUACUCUGCAGUGUACAAAGUCUGUUUUGGAAUGGCCUGUUUCUUCUUUUUAUUCUUCCUGUUCACCAUCAAAAUUAACAACAGCAAAAGUUGCCGAGCAUACAUUCAUAAUGGAUUCUGGCUUAUUAAACUUAUAGUUUUGGCAGCAAUGUGCUCAGGAGCUUUCUUCAUUCCUGAUCAGGACACUUUCCUCAAUGCCUGGCGCUAUGUAGGAGCAACAGGAGGGUUCCUUUUCAUUGCCAUUCAGCUCAUCCUGCUGGUUGAGUUUGCACACAAGUGGAAUAAAAAUUGGACUGCAGGUGCAAACCACAAGCAGGUGUGGAAUGGUCUUCUUGCCUUGGUCACUCUCAUCCUGUACUCCAUUGCCGUGGCAGCGCUGGUGCUCAUGGCUCUCUUCUACACGCGCCCAGAGGGCUGCAUGUACAACAAGGUGCUGAUCGGAGUGAACGGCGGCCUGUGCCUCUUCGUGUCCCUGGUGGCCAUAUCGCCCUGCGUCCAGAACCGCCAGCCCCAUUCUGGCUUGCUGCAGUCAGGAGUCAUCAGCUGCUAUGUCAUGUACCUCACUUUCUCAGCACUAUCCAGCAAACCACCAGAAACAAUCCUGGAUGAAAACAACCGGAAUAUCACAAUCUGUGUACCUGAAUUCAGUCAAGGCCUGCACAGAGAUGAAAACCUGGUUACUGGCUUGGGUACUACGAUUCUGUUUGGCUGCAUUUUAUAUUCUUGUCUGACCUCAACAACACGUGCAAGCUCAGAGGCACUGAGAGGAAUAUAUGCAACAGCUGAAACCGAAGUAGCUCGUUGCUGCUUUUGCUGUGUGCCUGACGGAGACGCUGAUGCUGAAGAGCAUGUUGAAAAAAGGGGAGGCCAGACUGUGGUUUACGAUGAGAAGAAGGGCACAGUGUACAGUUAUGCCUACUUCCACUUUGUUUUCUUCCUGGCUUCUCUCUAUGUGAUGAUGACAGUAACUCAUUGGUUCCAUUAUGAGAGUGCUCAGAUUGAAAAAUUCUUCACUGGAACCUGGUCUAUCUUCUGGAUUAAGAUGGUCUCCUGUUGGGUUUGUGUCUGUCUGUACUUAUGGACUCUUAUUGCUCCACUCUGUUGCCCAACCAGGGAGUUCUCAGUGUGAACAGUCUAAAGGUCAUUUAAAGUUUUUCUCUUUUUGGUUUUUUUUUUUCUUUUUUUUUAGGAAUGAGGAAACACGAAUUACCUGCUUAUCAUAAUGUACCAGUUAUUACCUUUUUAGUUAGACUAAACAAAUGAUUGAAGACUUCUUCUACCAUUUUUUAUUAUCAUGAACAAGCAUUGCUUAAGGGAACAAACAAAUCUGUUUUGAAACUUGACAAUGCUUAUGUGUGGUGUGUAGAAAACACAGUUGUUGCAUAAACUGGAAUAAGUGGAAUACUCUUCAAAUAACUGACAAUCUUUAGCUGGCUUCAUUGACAAGAAAAAAAACCAACUUGUGGUGCAGAUGGUAUCUUCUUACUUCCCAGGAAUGUUUGGUAUCUUCCAGCAAAUAUGCAUUAAUUCCUUUUUAUACUCUUUCAUUAACUGUUUAUUUUACAGUUUGCAGUGAUGAUUUGGACUGCUGUUUUGUACAGCAUAUAAUUUUUGUAAGUAGUAUCCAGAUAAUUUUUUUCCAAAAACCAUGUCCAAAUACUUCUGUAGAAAUAAGAGAAUAUAUAAAAUUUGACUGCCAAAGCAUCUACUAAAAAUUGUUUAUCUAAGUAUUAAAUAUAUUAAGUUAUUUUAUACCUAGAUUGAGAAAGGAAUGUACCAAUGAUAGUAUUUAUUCUAUUAUUACUUUAAAGGCACUUGGAUAUUUUAUGCAAUUCAGAUUUAGCCCAGUUAAUAAUUGAAGGGGAGUUCUACACACAAAAUCUCAAACUGAAUUUUGUUCAACUUUGCCAGGUCACUCAAAAGUUGAGUGUACUGCAUGGGGAUGUAAAAUAAGGUACAUUCUUUAUUUACGUCAUUUGCUGUUGAGAAAAUUAUAGUUAAGGGAGCACUGCCCCUUGCUGUCAAAUUUAAAAGUGGGGUGCUCAUUUACUUCUCUACCAUGCUGUUUUAGCUUGUCUCUAAAGGUCUCCCAGGUCAUCAGUUCUGUUUCCAUUACUAGUUUUAUAAUAUUUUAGAUGCAUUGAUGGUCAGAAAAGGAUUAUAGUGUGUCAUCAUAUUUUCCGCUUUUGUGUUGGUUGGAAAGUAUUUUUUCUAACUGCUAUAUUUUUAUACUCCUCUGUUGAUAUUAGUUUUGCUGUUGAGAUGGGAGUUAGCCAGCCGAUGUAUUAAUGAAGGCAGAAAUUCUCUUGUAGAUCUCCUAUUCCAAACACUGGAGUAAGCAGUCAGAAAAGCAAAACCAGAAGACACAAAUGCAACAAGCAGCUGCCUUAGUACAAAUGACUUGACAAUAUUAAACGCUACCUUGUUACCUUUUAAAAAAAUUAAUUUAAGCAGAUGAUUUGGUGGUAAAACAACAGCUCAAAUGCCUGAAUGCUGAAAAAUGUUGAACCUCCUGUUAUCUGCAUUAUGGUGGGAUGAUUUUAUGACUUGAGUUAGUCCUGGUGGUUUUUGUCUCUCUCACUCAACAGAUAUAUUCACACAUGUACAGUGUAAAAUAUCAACCAAUUAGCAGCUCACUUUUUAAAAAAAAUAUGAUUGAGCCUUAAAUCUUCAUCCACUGCUUUCUGCAAGUCAAAGAAAAGCACAACAUGGAUGCCACUGGGUUGGCCAAGAGAUUUACAUGCCUUAGUUGUUCUGUUAUAAUAGUUAAUGGCUAAUGCCCACCUGGUGAGUAAUCUUAACAUAUCGGAUCUUGGUUCUCAUCUUGUUUUCAUUGCCAUUUUUAGCUGCCUUGUUGUUAUGGUAUCCCAGGGCUUCUGUCCUGUUUGGAGCUUUCUAGGGAUGUGAUCUUCCUUACCCUGUGCACUCUCACCUGAAAUAAAAUCUUCAGGUCUGCAGUCCUGUCUACUUGUGCCACCUAUCCCAGUAAUUAGAGCCUCAAAAUACAUGUUCUGAGAUCUAAGGGAAGGAGGAGUCUGUCCAGCAGUGACUGCCUUGGUGUUCUUCUUGUUUGCCCCAAGAGUUAAAAAUAGCAGUUGAAGCUGGGCUUUGACACUGAGUUAGAAGAGCAACAAAUAGCUCUGGACAGGGAGCCAGGUUUUUCCCUUUGCUUCUGCUGGGAGAUUCUCAUCCUGCCAAGAGAUCUGCUAGCAUGGGGACCUGUCAGAACAUUUCUGUCUGCAUUUAGAGUCCUGCUACGCAGAUACUUCUGCAGCUGAAGAAGGCCUUUGUUAACACUGUUUCAAUCCAGAAGCAUUUAUCUGUCCAAUCUCUAAGAUGAGAGCUUGUAGGCUGUGCAAUGACAACUAACAGUUGUCCCACCUAGCUCUGACAGCAGUUCUGGCAGUUUUGAUCCAGUGCUGUAGUUGUGU